UCCUGCGUGAUCAUUGAUGUGUAAAGAGGAUUAGAGCUUUAUGUGCUCUGUUCUUGGGAGAUAAGAUUGGAGAACUGUAACUCCAAGCUUAUCGAUUUAGGGUUUGUAUCAUUGUAAUUGGAUUCAAAGAUAAGAAAUACCAAGGAUUACACUUUCAUUCUUAUCAAAUGGUGCGUUAGUGUGCUCGGAUCGAAUCGAACGCAAGAAGAUUAGGGUUUCAAAAGUUGGGGAUUUUUGUCAAUCGCAAUGUGUCUUGAGGGAUUUCCCACCUUCAUUGGUGUGACUCAUGAAUUGCGAUCAUGGAUUUCAUGGCUGGAGGAUUUCUUUGUUUGGGAGAAUUUCACGGACGACGAAGAUGAUUCUUUUUUGAUCUUGGGAACAUUUGAGGGAUUGUUUGAUGCUGAGAUUUGGCGAUAGAAAAGAUCCGGAACUAAUCAGAUUGCUUGCCGAACAAGAUCAAUUUUUAAGGGAAAGGAGAGACGAGGCAAAGAUCCGGAGGAUGAAGACAACAACGAUUAACCCACAAGAAGCAACUCCUUCAAUGGCCACGACUCAAGAAACGAUUCCAGUGGAGAAAUUGCAUAAUUCUCUGGAGGUCACUGACGAAUCUUCGAAUCAAGUUGAUAAUGAAGUCUCAGGUGAGAACGGAACGAAGGAUGAUGCGACAUUGCUAAGUCCACAGCUACUUGUUUCUGAUUCUGAAAAUUUGAGGAACAACGAACUUAUGGCAAUAACUUCAGUGGUGGAGAACUUAGAAACUGUGGUGAUGAAGGCAAAGAUUCAGGAGAGCAGUAAAAUGGAUGUGGUUAACAGUUAUGUUGUGAGGAUUCAACAAGUGACAAGUAUCACCUCAAACAUGUCCGCACACCAGGUGUUCGAUCAAAUGUAUCACCUUAAAGAACGGCUGGAAACGAAGAAGAAGCUUAAAGGGUUGAAAUCGUGGAUGUUCAAAUACAAUUUUGAGAAGAGAAUACUUGAGAAACGACACAAUCGUGGCUGGUUACAUACUUGGAGCAGAAGAGUAACUUGUAGGAAAAUCAAGAGUGCAAAACUAGAGGUUACUUCAGAACUAAAGGAAGCUAAUUCAUUGUGGGACAAUCGAGAAGUUUUUGGUUUUGUGCAAGAGGAAAUGCAGACUGCUUGUAAGCUUAGGAGAAUCUACUGUAAGAGUGGUUACCAUACACCAAAUUUUUCAAGCUCCACUUGAGAUGGCAAUUCCUCCUACGAAGGGACAUAAACAGGUACUAGAACAAUUAUGUGACACACUUGGAGAGGUAGAUAGGGUAGCGUUGCAAUCUGA